AUGCGGGGUGGGCGGAGCGGCAGCGUGCAGAUUGGCCGGGCGCGAGGGCGGGCUACGGUGGCCGUCAGGGGGCGGCGGCGGCCGUUGACGGCGGUGCGGAGGCGGGGCCGCGGCCUCGAGCGCGGCGACCCUGGCGGGACGGGUGCGCGGCGCUCGAGCCAGGCGGCGGAAGAGGAGGUGCGGGACGCUCCCGCGGGCCCCGAUGUGGGCGCCGGGGGAGACGCGCCGGCCCCUGUUCGGCACAAGGAGAGAGACGCUGCCCCGGGCGGCAGCCCCGGCGAUCUGAGCUGCCACCGCCUGCAGGAGUCCUUGUUCAGCUCUGACAGUGGCUUUAGCAACUACCGUGGCGUCCUGAACUGGUGUGUGGUGAUGCUGGUCUUGAGCAAUGCACGCUUGUUUCUAGAGAACCUCAUCAAGUACGGCAUCCUGGUGGACCCCAUCCAGGUGGUGUCUCUGUUCCUGAAGGACCCCUACAGCUGGCCCGCCCUGUGCCUGGUCAUUGGGGCCAACACCUUUGCUCUGGUCGGGUUCCAGAUUGAAAAGAGGCUGGCAGUGGGAACGCUGACGGAGCAGGCCGGGCUGCUGCUGCACACUGCCAAUUUGACCACCAUCCUCUGCCUGCCUGCGGCGGUGGCCUUCCUGGUGGACUCCAUCACCCCAGUGGGCUCCGUGCUGGCGCUGGUGGUCUACACCAUCCUCUUCCUCAAGCUCUUCUCCUACCGCGACGUCAACCUGUGGUGCCGUGAGCUCAGGGCCAAGGCCACAGCUGGUGAGGGGCGAGCAGGGGUGGGGGCACGCGCCAAUGGGGCCGCUGCACAGCAUUUAGUGACCUAUCCUGACAACCUAACCUACAGAGAUCUGUACUACUUCCUCUUUGCCCCCACCCUGUGUUAUGAGCUCAACUUUCCCCGCUCGCCCCGGAUCCGGAAGCGCUUCCUGCUGCGUCGGCUCCUAGAAUUGCUGUUCCUCACGCAGCUCCAGGUGGGGCUGAUCCAACAGUGGAUGGUCCCCACCAUCCAGAACUCCAUGAAGCCAUUUAAGGACAUGGAUUACUCCCGCAUCAUCGAGCGCCUCCUGAAGCUGGCGGUCCCCAACCAUCUCAUCUGGCUUAUCUUCUUCUACUGGCUCUUCCACUCAUGCCUGAAUGUGGUGGCUGAGCUCAUGAAGUUUGGAGACCGAGAGUUCUACCGGGACUGGUGGAAUUCUGAGUCGGUCAGCUACUUUUGGCAGAACUGGAACAUCCCCGUCCACAAGUGGUGCCUCAGGCACUUCUACAAGCGCAUGCUUCGGUGGGGUGCCAGCAAGUGGAUGGCAAGGAUGGGAGUAUUCCUGGCCUCAGCUUUCUUCCAUGAGUACCUGGUGAGCAUCCCCCUGCGCAUGUUCCGUCUAUGGGCAUUCACGGGUAUGAUGGUUCAGAUCCCGCUGGCCUGGGUCACCAGUCGCUUUAUCCUGGGCAACUACGGCAAUGCAGUGGUGUGGCUGACACUCAUCAUUGGGCAGCCAGUAGCUGUGCUCAUGUAUGUCCACGACUACUAUGUGCUCCACCACCGGGAGGCUGCCAUGCCAGGGACCUGA